AUGGAGGAGCACUACAUUUCCAAACUCCACCCGGUAGUGGAUUACGGAGCUGGAGUCUUUCUUCUGCUCAUAGCCAUCCUGACCAUCCUGGGAAACUCAGCCGUCCUCGCUACAGCAGUGAAGCGCUCCUCCCUCCUGAAGUCCCCGGAGCUGCUUACGGUCAACUUGGCAGUGGCAGAUAUUGGAAUGGCAAUCAGCAUGUAUCCGCUGGCCAUUGCAUCCGCCUGGAACCAUGCCUGGCUGGGAGGAGAUGCGUCCUGCAUGUAUUACGCCCUGAUGGGUUUCCUUUUUGGUGUCUGCAGCAUGAUGACGCUGUGUGCCAUGGCCGUGAUUCGGUUUCUUGUUACCAAUUCCUCCAAAACUAACAGUAACAAAAUCACCAAGAACACUGUCCGCAUCCUGAUCGCUUUCAUCUGGCUCUACUCCUUGCUCUGGGCUAUUCUGCCCUUGGUAGGCUGGGGCUACUACGGCCCCGAGCCAUUUGGCAUCUCGUGUACAAUAGCCUGGAGCAAAUUCCACAACUCCUCCAACGGCUUCUCGUUCAUCCUGAGCAUGUUCCUCCUGUGCACAGUCCUGCCUGCACUGACCAUCAUCGCCUGCUACUUGGGAAUCGCCUGGAAGGUUCGUAAGGCAUACCAAGAGAUCCAGAACAUCGACAGGAUCCCUAACGCAGCGAAAAUGGAGAAGAAGCUGACAUUGAUGGCCGUGCUCAUCUCGGUUGGGUUCCUGAGCUCGUGGACACCGUAUGCAGCAGCCAGCUUCUGGUCCAUAUUUAACUCCAGCAAUUCCCUGCAGCCCAUCGUCACACUGCUGCCGUGCCUGUUUGCCAAAUCUUCAACCGCCUACAACCCUUUCAUUUACUACAUCUUCAGCAAAACUUUCCGCCGCGAAAUUAAACAGCUGCAGUGCUGCUGGGGCUGGCGGCUGCGUUUCUUCAGCACCGACAUCUCCGCUGAAAAUCCUGUCUCGAUGAUGUGGAGUGGGAGGGACAACGUGUGUCUCUCUUCCUCUGUGAAGGCGGAGAACCAGGGAGCUGCAGCUCACUGA